AUGCCUUACACCAGGGCUGGAAUCAGUGCUUCAACCACUGUUACUGGAUACAGAGGAAGUUCAGUUGAGAUCAGAUGCACCUAUGAAUCUGGAUAUGAGACCUACAUGAAGUAUCUCUGCAGAGGAAAAUGUUCUAUUCUAUUUUGGGAAACUAAAGACAUCCCUGUUAAAUCUGGAUCUACAGCUAAAGAUCAGAGAUUCUCUCUGAAAGACGAUACAGCAGCCAGAGUCUUCACCUUCACCAUCACUGACCUGAGACCAGAGGAUGCAGGACAAUACUGGUGUGGGAUAAAGAGAUCUUUACCACAACGUGAUGUUUACACAGAGAUUCUGUUGCUGGUUAAGUUAGAUGAUCCAAAGUCUACUACUGUCACCAUCACUGAUUCUUCUUCAUCAGCUCCAUCAACAGACCAGACUACUGAAUCUACAGGUUAA